AUGGUACGACAGCCUGGUAAGUUUCAGAGGGGAUCCUACUCUACCACCUCUCCGACUCAGUACCACAAACCUGAAGCAGCCCAGGCACCCAAGACAGCUGCAGCCCCUUAUUAUGGCACUCAAACUCUUAUGUGCUAUAAUUAUAAUGAGGUCAGGCAUAUGAUUAGAGACUGCCCCCGUGCCCGUCAAGGAAACUCUAGGCCAACUGUGUCUUCUAAGGCACCUCAAGCAAAGAUAACCAUUUGCCCUCCCCUUCCUUCUACAGCCAAUAAGACUCAAGGGCGUGUGUACUCAGUCACCAAUGAGGAAGCCUAUGUGGAUCCAGGUAUGAUUUCUGUUUGUUCCCAACCAACGUAUGUGUUGUUUGAUUCUGGGGCGACGCAUUCAUUUGUUUCCCCCUCUUUUUCCAAGAAGAUACCGAUCAAACCAAAGCUAAUGGCCAAGAAUCAGAUGGUUAGUACACCAACGGGUAGCAAGAUUGAACUCAACAUGAUUUAUGCUCUUUGCCCGAUACGUGUAUGUGACCGUGGGUUGACGGCAAAGAGGAAGAUCCAGUUUAAACCAAAAGGGGGUAUAGAGUUUACUUUCAAGGGUAUUAAACGGGAGAGACCCAUGAAGGCUAUCAUUUCUGCCCUUAAAGUCCAGAAACUAUUAGAUGAAGGCUGUCAAUGUUACCUAGCCUUUAUGGUGGAUAAUGAAGCUAAGAUUAAGCCUAUGGAUGAGAUAAGUGUGGAAAGGGACUUUCUGGACGUCUUUCCAAAAGAUCUGACACGGUUGCCACCAGACUGUGAGACGGAGUUUAUGAUAAACCUAGUACCGGGUGUAGCCCCCAUAUCUAAGGCUCCCUAUAGGAUGGCAUCAAUGGAAUUAAAGGAGCUACAAGAACAACUUUAA